ACGGGGCUAGCUGAUGGAGGGAGGGGGUGGCUUCGGGGACGCGGGCACCCGGGGACCCGCUAUCCCUACCCCUCCCCGCCAGGCGGAGACGAUCCGGCAUUGCCUGAGACGGGGACGCAUCCGUGUCCCCAGGGGAUCGGGAGAUGCUGGAAGGGACUGGGAAGGCGAGGGUGAACCCGGUGACCUGGAGCAGCCUCCUCACCUGGACAUGCUGUGUCCAGGUGGUCAGUGGACCUUGAUGAAUGUCGCAGGGAAGAUCGGAUGGUACCCGUGGGCAUAGAGGGCAGAAGAGGAGGGAGAGGCGGACACGUCUCCGACCGUGCCCCUGUCUGGUCAUCAUGAAGCCACAGAGAGCCCCCCAAAGCCUCGUGCUGCUGCUGCUGCUCUGCACCUUGGACAUUGCUUCCAGAUCAGGGGCCUCCUCUCCCAUCUCGGCCACCUCCUUCCUUCAGGACCUCAUGCAUCGCUAUGGUGAGGCAGACACUCUGACCCUGCAGCAGCUGAAGGCUCUGCUCAACCACCUCGACGUGGGAGUUGGUCGGGACAAUGUCACCCAGCCAGAGCUGGGACGGAGGAAUCUCUCCAGGUGUUUUAGCUCUGCAGACCUCUUUGCUGCCCAUAAUUUCAGUGAACAAUCAAGAAUCGGCAGGCCCGAGUUGCAGGAAUUCUGUCCCACAAUCCUACAGCAGCUGGACUCUCGAGCCUGCACCCUGGAGAACCAGGAGAAUGAGGAGAACGAGCAAACAGAGGAGGGAAAGCCAAAGGCAGUGGAAGUGUGGGGCUUUGGUUUCCUCAGUGUAUCCCUGAUUAACCUGGCUUCUCUCCUGGGAGUUCUCGUCCUGCCCUGCACCAAGAAGACCUUUUUCAGCCGGGUCCUCACUUAUUUCAUCGCCUUGUCCAUUGGAACGCUGCUCUCUAAUGCACUCUUCCAGCUGAUCCCAGAGGCUUUUGGAUUCAACCCUCUAGAAGAUUAUUAUGUCUCAAAAUCAGCAGUGGUAUUUGGGGGCUUUUACCUCUUCUUCUUCACAGAGAAGAUUCUGAAAAUGCUACUGAAACAGAAAGACGAGCAUCACCAUGGGCAUAGCCACUAUGUCUCUGAGACUCUCCCUUCUAAGAAGGACCAGGAAGAGGGAGUGACUGAGAAGUUGCAGAAUGGCGAUUUGGAUCAUAUGAUACCACAACACCUGAAUAGUGACCUGGAGGGCAAGGCUCCAGUGAUGGAUGAGAAGGUCAUUGUGGGCUCCUUGUCUGUCCAGGACCUACAGGCAUCCCAGAGUGCAUGUUACUGGAUAAAAGGUGUCCGCUACUCUGACAUCGGCACUUUGGCCUGGAUGAUCACCCUGAGUGACGGCCUCCACAACUUCAUCGAUGGCUUGGCCAUUGGCGCCUCAUUCACUGUGUCUGUUUUCCAAGGCAUUAGCACCUCGGUGGCCAUCCUCUGCGAAGAGUUUCCACAUGAGUUGGGAGAUUUUGUCAUUCUGUUAAAUGCUGGAAUGAGUAUCCAACAGGCUCUCUUCUUCAACUUCCUCUCCGCCUGCUGCUGCUACCUAGGUCUGGCCUUUGGGAUUUUGGCUGGCAGUCACUUUUCUGCCAACUGGAUCUUUGCUCUGGCCGGAGGAAUGUUCCUAUAUAUUGCUCUGGCGGAUAUGUUCCCAGAGAUGAAUGAAGUUUGUCGAGAAGAUGAAAGGAGCGGCAGCAUAUUAAUUCCUUUUGUCAUCCAGAAUCUGGGCCUGCUCACAGGCUUCACCAUCAUGCUCGUCCUCACGAUGUACUCGGGGCAGAUUCAGAUAGGGUAAUGCCGUGCCGUGAGGAGUGGGGCUGGCAGAGGAACCCUGGGAUGCUCAGUCACUGGGGAGCACGGGUUCGAAGCCGUCAUUUCAACAAAGCAGGGCAGAAGUGGCCAGUUUCUGCCUCAGGCUAUUCCACAGACUGUAUCCCCCUCCUCUCAAUGUCAGCUCUCUUGAAAACACUGUAUCCUAGACGUGAACUUCCCUAGUGACUGGUUGCUAGGUAGUGCCUCCCACCCCUCUGCCCUCUCUCUUUUCUCAGAGUGACUCUAGACAGUAAAAACAACACAGAAGACAGAUCCAACUUCUCCCCUUGGCGACUUUCUGGCAUUUCUCUAUUAACAAGCACUGCGGGCAGUGGUCCUGACAAAUUCCAGAACCCGUUUCCUUGCUGGUCCAGCACGUAUCCCAGACUCUCACCCAGAGGGAUAUCUCGUAGUUAUUACUUGGUAUCAGGAGAUACGUCCGGACCUCACCGUGUCCCGUUGCGAGGAAAGUUCACCUCUCACACGGAGAGAAUAUCCAUCUCAUCCCUUCAGAGUUUCUUUAGUUGCCUCAUGCUUCUCAAAGGGAAAGGGCUGAGGGGGUCUUAUGAGAGGGAGAAUGGAGGCAAAAAUGAGAAGAAAGACGAAACCACGUUUCCUCUGCGGCGAUGAUGGCCUCUCCUCGUGAAGGACUGCGGUGUAUUGAGCUCCCAUAGGCAUCCCCAGCACGCCGUGACUUUUCCGGUCUUCCAGACUCCACAACAGAUGUAACUAUUACUGUCUCAGCCUCCUCUUUCCUCCAGAGUAACACGGAGAGUGGAGGGAUGGGAUUCCUGCGGCUUCCGGGAGGAUCUUCUCACCUCUUUAGAAGCAUCUCCCUGGAGUAUUCAGGGUGCUCUUGUUAGAGAGAGGACUCGACAGAUCUUCUCCCCAAGUCAAGACUUUUACCAUUGGGUCAAGUCGGUGGAAUGGGACAGACAAAAGGAAAUGGGGCUGGUCAGGAUUCAGAAUGGGCUAAGGGGAAGAUGGUGCCGUGCCUGGACGUGGCCAAGCAUGAGGCCAAAAGACGUUGGUUUGAGCAGUGUAGAGUAAUGAUCACCCUGUGAAUUAGCUUCCAGUACCACUGCCUGUUGCAAUGCUUACCAAGAAAAACAAAAUUAAGAUGGCGGUGUGAUUGGUCUUUGGAGUUCCAACUUUCUCAAGCUGGAUGUACCUGUUGAAGCUAGAGCCCAGCCCUAGGGAGUGUGAUGGUAUGGUCAGAACUUUGGCUUCAAGGGAUAGCUGUUCCCCAAGUUCACUAGGUGAAUUGAUUUAUUAUUAUCAUAUUGAUAAAGUCUAAUUUUUCAGCCACUUGGGCAGUGAAGACCCCUGGAAGCCAUUCAGGCAGUGCCUCACUGUUGUAACCCAGGGGUGGUCUUGGCUUAUACUCAUUUACUUAAUUGGGAAGGUUGGUAGUUCACUGCUAGCAUCGAUGAGGUUUUUUCUUCUGUUCAUGUCUGAAAAUGAACAUGGGGCUGAUCUGUAAGAAAAGGUACUGCAGCACCCUCCACCAGAUACUAAUUAAAAACAACAUUUUUUUUAAUCCCCUGGGGGACUUCAUGCCACCGUUCUGCAGGGGGAAAAAAAUAACCACCAGUAAGGGAACUGCUGAUAAUUCACUUACUGCCAAGAGUUUUCCUCUUUGUUUUGCUUGUGGCCUGGGGUAGCCUGAAGUCGGGCUUAAAUAAGGAGAACUUUUGGCAUUCAAGGUUGUGGGAUGGGCAACUUUCAUCAGAAUCAAGGUCCACAUGUACAAAAGAGCUGUUUCCUUGGAUUUGGGAAGCACUCGUUUUCUUCUUUUAAAUCACCUUUGCUAUUUCUCUUUUCCCCAGAAAUGCUUUCAGGAGCUGGAGAAAACAAAUCUGUUAUAGAUCAUUCUCCAAUACAGGAGAACCAGCAGAAAGCCUUUAGUUAACUCAUAUUUUCAACAAAAUGUGUAAAAGCUCCUCUCUGAAGGACUCUUUCUGCCUUUCUAAAAUAAUACUAGAUGGUUUGCCUUAGUAGAGAAUAUCAAUUUAGGGGCAAUGACUUCCUGGUGUAGGAGAGUUGUAAGUUAUUCAGUAGUAUAAUAAAAUUACUUGAAAUCGCUUAAAAAUCUGAAGUAUUAAAAAUAGGACAUUUUCUUUCUUGCAUAAAUACUAACUUUUUUUCCUUUAAACCCUUACUUACUGUCUUAGAAUCAAUAACUAUGUAUUGGUUCAAAGGCAGAAGGGCCGUAAGGGCUAGGCAACGGGGGUUAAGUGACUUACCCAAGGUCACACAGCCAGGAAAUGCAUGAGGCCAGAUUUGAACCCAGGACCUCCCAUCUCCAGGCCUGGCUCUCUAUCCACUGAGCCUCUUAGUUUCCCCCACAUAUAUAUUAACUUGAGAACUUUCCCUUCUCCCAUAUCUGCCCCAAGGAAGUGCAUAUUACACUGUAAAAUGGUAAAAAAAAAAAACAAUUAUGGCAAGGGAAGUUAGAACAAUAUUACUGCACCUGAUUGAAAGCUGCUGUUAGCAACAGACCUGCCUUAUAUGCUGAAAAUAUGACUAUCAUGUAUUGAUGGAAAAUUUAAUGCCAUUUUAAUAUGCAUUUCCCCUUGGAUUUUAGCUGUUGAGUGUGCAUUUUUAGAUCAAUUUGAUAUAUAGAUGUCUAAGGAUGUUAUUCUGUCUCCUACAUCUGUUCCCCUACUUUUACUGCUUGUGUGGGCUAGCUGUAUUUCACUAUCUGAAAGAGGGGCAGAUUGAGAUGGGAGAAGGGGCGAGAAAGUGGUGAGGAGUUUGGGCCUCCACCCCAGGGGGGUGUGAAUGCAAAGUUAGGCUAGGACACGAUUCCCUACCAUUUUGAGGGGAAGCAGCUUUCCCUUCUGUUACUAGGCCAUAGGAUUCUCCAGCCUUUGCAGGGUUAGGAGUGGGGUUGAAGUGAGAACAGCUGGAGAAGUUCCCACGUGAGUGCCCAAUCUCAGCACCUUCUUCAUCCUUUAGUUGCCCUUCAUCUGCAGUUUGUAAGACGCCCUUGCCGUCUACCUUCCCUAGGUCUGUUCCUAAGUGAGCCACCUUCUAUCACGGUGGCCUCAGGAUGACAACUUGAAGAGGCGCGCUGUAAUUCCACUUAGCAGUACACAUUGUAUUGAGGGUGUGCAAGGGGGGAAAUCACUGAAUUGAGUUUUUAUUGUUCAUUUCUUUUUACAGUUCUACAAUUCCAUCACAGUGUUCUUUAAACAAACAAACAAACAAACAAACAACUCAGGUGUCAUAAGAAAAAAUAAAACCCAAGAAUAUAUUGUCAUGUGGACUGUAACCAUUUUAUUUGUAAGAUUCUAUAAAUAAAUUUAUAUUCUGUAAUGACUGAGAA